AUGUCUAUUACUAUUGAGUCUGUACCUACGAAGGCCUUCGCAGACCAGAAGCCUGGGACUUCUGGUUUGCGCAAGAAGACCAAGGUAUUUGAGCAAACAGAGCACUACACCGAAAACUUCAUCCAGGCUAUCAUGGAGUCCAUUCCAGAGGGCUCUGAAAAUGCCGUUUUGGUCAUUGGCGGUGAUGGGCGGUAUUACAAUGACGCAGUGAUGCAAAAGAUUGCCGAGGUUGGCAGCGCUAAUGGCGUGCGCAAGUUGAUCAUCGGGCAAAAUGGCUUGCUAUCGACCCCGGCGGCUUCCCACAUCAUUCGCACAUACCACGAUAAGGUCACGGGCGGCAUCAUCUUGACGGCGUCCCACAACCCUGGCGGGCCAGACAAUGAUUUUGGAAUCAAGUACAACUUGGCCAACGGUGCACCAGCUCCAGAGAAGGUCACCAACUCCAUGUUCGAGCGCUCACGCAACUUGACCCACUACAAAAUCACCCGCGGUAUGCCCAAGUUAGACCUCGGCAAGAUCGGCGAGAACCAGCAGUACGGUAACUUGCUGGUUGACGUGAUCGACCCAACGGAGGCCUACGUUCGCUUGAUGAAGGAGAUCUUUGACUUCCCGCUAAUUAAGAAGUUCCUUGAACACGCACAAAAGGAGUACGGCCUUAAGGUCUUGUUCGAUGCGUUGAACGGUAUCACCGGGCCAUACGGCAAAGCCAUCUUCGUGGACGAGUUGGGCUUGUCAGAGGACUCGCUUCAAAACUUCGUGCCCAAGCCCGACUUUGGCGGGUUGCACCCUGAUCCUAACCUAACCUACGCCCAUACAUUGGUCUCCAGGGUCGACAGAGAGAAUAUUGCGUUUGGCGCAGCAUCCGACGGUGACGGUGACAGAAACAUGAUCUACGGCGCGGGCCCAGCGUUCGUGUCCCCAGGCGACUCCGUUGCGAUCAUUGCCGAGUACGCCUCUGAGAUCCCAUACUUUAUCAAAAACGGCAUCCACGGCUUGGCCCGCUCCUUCCCAACCUCCGGCGCCAUCGACUUGGUGGCCAAGGAGAAGAACCUCGACUGUUACGAGGUGCCAACCGGCUGGAAGUUCUUCUGCAACCUCUUCGACUCCAAGAAACUCUCCAUCUGCGGUGAGGAGUCUUUCGGUACCGGUUCGGACCACGUCCGGGAGAAGGACGGGUUAUGGGCCAUCGUCGCCUGGCUCAACGUGCUCGCCAUCUACCACCGCAGACAUCCAGACAGGGAGCCCUCCAUUAAGACGAUCCAGGAGGAGUUCUGGGCCAAGUACGGCCGCACGUUCUUCACGCGCUACGACUUUGAAGAAUGCGACACUGAGGACGCCAAUAAGGUUAUUGAGCUUCUCCGUACCUUUGCCGAGAACCCCGCUGUCGUCGGCCAACCCUUCCCUGCAUGGCACGAGGUCUCCGUCUCCGCCGCCGGCGACUUCAGCUACACAGACCUUGACGGCUCUGUCUCCGAGCACCAGGGUCUCUACAUCAAGCUCUCCAACGGAACCCGCUACGUGGUCCGCCUCUCCGGCACAGGCUCUUCUGGCGCUACCAUCAGACUAUACGUCGAGCGCUACACCAACGACCCUGCCUACUACGCGCAGACCGCCGACCAGUUCUUGGCACCCGACAUCAAAGCCGUGCUUAAGUUCUUGCGCUUCAAGGACUUGAUUGGCACCGAGGAGCCUACUGUCCGCACCUGA